AUGGGGCAGCGGCAUUUGGGCGCCAUGGUGCGACGAGCCGUGCAGCUGCACGAGCAAGUCAGUGACGCAAUCGAGCGGAUUCUGAAGAGCGAUUUCUACCUCGCCGCGGGCCAGCUCAAGCCGCGGCUGCACGACGUGCCCGAGCUAUCAGUGUCGGUGAAGCUGCUCCCCGGCAAGAGCGGCAAGCACGGCGCCGGGAGAAAGGAGCAGACGCCCGCGCAUCCGCGCAGGCACGCGGAGGGCAAGGGCAGCGUGUCGGUCGACGCGAUUCGCCUCGCCGAAGCCGCCGCAGACGACGCCGCCGCUGGCGUUGGCGUCGUGAAAAGUGGCGAGCGGGGGAGCGACAAAGACGCGCGCACGAACGGAGAGGAGCCUCCCCCGCGCGCGGAGCUGGCGGGGCGAGCGCAGGCGGAGGUGGAUCUCCGGUGCGCCGCAGGCGGCGGCGGCGGCGGCUGCGGCGGCGGGGGAGGGGGAGCGGCGGAGGAGGAAGAUCACGAGGAGUGCGAGCAGCUGGGAUAUCAGCACGCGUACGAGAAGCAGGCGGAAGUUGCGCGCAAGGGCGGGCAGGCGGACAAGGGCGUUCCGGGGGAGCGCACGGUCGAGGCGCGCGUGCUGAUGUCGAUUAGAGACGCGCUGGAGAUGCUAGACUGGCACCUGGAGCAGCUCAUGGAAAUGGAGUUGGACGAGCGGCGCCAGGUGGCGGCGGCGGCGGCGGCGGCGGUCAUGGCGGAACGUCGCGCAGAGCGCGCGGAGGAGGAGCAGCGCGGGGGGUUUAAGGGCGGGGAUGGGCGCGGGGGAGGGGGGGCCGGAGGUGGCGGGGGGGGUGGAGCGGAGCAGACCCCGACGUCUCGCGCGCCGGCGGCGGGGGCGGCGGGCGCGGGCGGUGCGGGGAACGUGGCGGAGCAGAAGCGCGUGGUGCGCGAGGUGCAGCUGGUGACGCGCGUGCUGUGGUCGCAGGCCAAGUGCCACUGCGGUGCUGCGUUGCGCACCCAAACUAUAUACAAUACGGAUGUUCAAAACCCCCUCUCCUCCCUCCCCUUCCCCCCUCCCCUUCCCCCUUCUCCUCCCUCCCCUUCCCGCCUCCCCUUCCCCUUUCCCUUCCCCCCUCUCCUUCCCCCUUCUCCUCCCUCCCCUUCCUCCCUCCCCUUCCCCCUUCUCCUCCCUCCCCUUCCCCCCUCCCCUUCCCCCUUCUCCUCCCUCCUCUUCCCCCCUCCCCUUCCCUCUUCUCCCCUUCCCCCCUCCCCUUCCCCCUUCUCCCCUUCCCCCCUCCCCUCCCCCCUUCUCCCCUUCCCCCCUCCCCUUCCCCCUUCUCCUCCCUCCCCUUCCCCCCUCCCUCCCCCCUCCCUCUUCCCCCAGGUCGUCGAUGAGGUGUUGCAUUUCGCGGCGGAGGUCGCAUGCACGCCCUUCAACCCCUACCCCCCCUCGCCCCCCGGCCCCACGUAUCUUCCGCUCAUCUCCCCCGCCGCCGUCCCGUCCGCCAUCUCGCGCGUCUCCGCGCGCCACCACAAGCAGCACCAGGCUUCCGCGCUCGCCCACGCCGCCGCGCACGCGCACGCCGCCGCGCACGCGCACGCCGCCGCGCAGGGGCAUCCCCUCGCGCGACCUUGCCCGGAUGUCCCCGCGCGGGCGCACCAUCGGCAUCGCUCCCCCAUCCGCGUCAAAGCGGCGUUGCUCCCCGCGCCUCUCCCGCCGCCGCCGGCACCGCCGUCCUCGUACCAGUCGUCCCCGCCGGUCUCCCUUGCGCGCGCCCCCCGCUCCUGCGCCAGCGACCGGGUCCGCGCGGAUGGCGGGGGACCGGUGGAAGGCGACCCGGCGGAUGGGCAGCGCGGAAAGGGAGGCGGGGAGCGUGAGGGUGAGUUGCGCCGGGGAAGCGCGGAGGAGCGCGCGGACGGCGCGGCGGAGGGCGGAGUGUCCUGUCGGCGCGCGGAGGGGGACGUGGUCCGCGGGGCGGAAGGAAAGGGUCUGGGUGGAGGCUUUGGCGGGGUAAUGGCUGGUGACGAGGGGAUUCCGCGGGUGGUGCGCGUGCUGGAGUUUGCGCAGCAGGGGGGGGACUCUGACGGGGGAGGCUGUGCCAGUCGCGGGAGCAACGCGGAAGGGUUGGGAAAGGGGGCGGGGGAGGCGGGGAAGGGAGCGAGAGGACGAGAGGAGAGGAGGGGAGGAGGCGGAAGGGAGAGGGGGGAGAAGGGGGAGCAGCGGCGCGCAGAGAGGCAAGGGCAGGGGGGAAUGCGUGUGUUUCUUCCGCGGGUGCUGCCAUGGCAACACCAACACCAACAUCAACACCAGCAGCAGCAGCACCUAUACGGGCAGCACCAGCCGUACCAUUAUCAGCAGCAGCAGGCUCUUAUGGCCCCGGUUCCCCGUCGCAAGGUCUCUCCAUUGAGAUCACCUAACCACACGCUCACGCACACACAGACGUACUUGAAGAGCUCUCCUCACAGCGGCACGGGCAACAAGAGCGGCACGGGGAACAGAAGCGGCACAGGGAAUAGGAGUGGCGCAGGGAAGGGUCAGAACAGCGGCAGGCGAGGAGCAGCAGGGAAGGGGGAAGGAGGCAGGGAGGAGGAGGAGAAGGAGGAGGGAGGAAGAGGAGCAAGAGGAGGAGGAGGAGGGGGCCGAGCGGCGGAGGGGCAGGGGAAAUGUGAGGAGGAGAGGGUGUUGAUUCAGAUGAGUUCAACAGAGCAGAAGAAAGUGUUAAGUCCACUCCCUGGUGUAGACACUCCACACUCUCCACACUCUCCCGACUCUCCCAACUCCCCGGACCCUCUAGGCCGUCUGCAUCCUCUCCGUGAUUCAGUACCCCACGCACUUGCUGCUGCUCUCCAUGUGCCCAGGGCGCUUGGAAGCCUCGUCGGAACCCCUCUGGGGGUUGCUCUGAGGGCCGUUGGGUGGCCUGUGAGUGGCGGCUGGCGCGUGCUGAGGGGGAUGGGCGGGGAAUGGGGCGGCGUGGGGGGGGUUCCGCCUGUGGUGCUGCGAGUUGGGGGGGUGAUGAGCGCAGGGCUGGGCUUGUGGGCGGUGGCACAGAUGAGGGGGAGGGGGAAGGGGCGGAAGGGGGAGCGGGGAAGGGUGCUGAUGUGGGGGGAGAAUGGGCGGAGGCAGCAAGUGGGGGUUGCAGUGGUUGGGAGCGGUUCAGAAAAAAGGGGGAAUGCGAAUGGCAACCCAAAAGGCAGUGCCAAUGGUGGGGUGAUACGAGGACAAAAUAAUGCAGGUCCUGCUGCUGGUACAGGGGCUGUCUAUGGGUAUAAUCAUAACCACUCACACGAGCACUCACAUGCUCAUGUGUACGAUAAGUACUAUCAGCCCUAUAGGCAUGGUCUGCCUGAUAGCCCAUACAUGCAGCAUCAGGCAGGGGGAGAGGAGGCGUGGACGAAUGGGGCAGGGUGGGAGGCGGAUGGUGGGGGGAGGAAGAAGUUGGGAGCGGGUGUGAAUGGGGGCGAGAGGGGGAGAGGAGAAGGGGAGGAGGAAGAGGGGGAGGGGGAAGAGGAGGAAGGGGAGGUUGGGGGUGACUUGGGGAAAGUGCAUGGGGUGUACUUGGGGAGUCGAGGAGGGGAGGAGUGGGGGGAUGAGAAGGUGAAAAAGAAAGGUUAUGGAGGUAAUCGCUUGGAGAGUGGUGACCGGAGCAGCAGCAGCACUGUUGGCUUGCAAGGGGGCAGCAGCACGUUUGGUAGCAGCAGUGGGGGGACAAGGGCAGGUGGGGAGUCCGAGGGCCUGAGCAAUGUUAGUGUUACGCAACUGCAUGGUUACGCGCACGGGCGUCGGCCUGUUGUGGGAGAUGGAAAUGGAGUGGGUGAUGGUGAAGGCAUGCGAAUUGGGCAGUGGGCGGCAGGGAGAGAGCGCAAAGAAGGGGCACUUGAUUUGGCUAGAGGAUGGUUGCACAAGGUGGGGAAGGUGGACGUGUGA